GCGCAAGCCCGUGGAGCUGAUGUUGAGUUCCCACCAUGGGUAGUACGAUUGUCGCACAGCCGUCCACGACAGUUCCCGGAAUCGGUGAUGCGACGUGGCGAAAUGGUCAUACCUCUUCAGUAUGGAACGAAUAAGUGCGCUAGUCAGAAAGGAAUGACACCGUACGGCUUGGCACGUCAGAUCAAACCUGAUCCAUCGGGAUGA